GAGAAGUUCUGGAGAAGGAAAACUUCCUGCUGUCGAGUUGUGCAGAACUUCCGUUGAAAGAGCAGUUGAUCGAUCUGGCUCCAGUGUUCCCGCUGUCGGCUUUAGCUGCUCGAGCUCGCCACAGAGAAAAAAAGUUUUCUCAGGAGAUGCUUGGAGAGACGCUUCACAAACUCCCUCGUCUCGAUUCAGACUUGCUGAACAGUUCCUGGAAAAUGUCUCGAAAUAUCCAAACCCUAAAAGACAUAUUUAACCCCCCAUCAUCCCCCAUGCUUAAGUCAGGAGAAAGCCCACUUCCAUCUCCCAGAUCUCAGUCCGUAUCCCUUUUGAGUCCAGCUUUAUCCUCUAAGCCAUCGAGCUCUCGAUCUCUGUCAUCAAGUCGGAGUAAAGCUUCUGCCUGCUUAACACCUAAAUCAGCAAAGUUGCCUUCUCCUUUACUUUCACUUAAAUCCAUCAAAUGCACUCCCAAAAAAGCAGUACCUAGUGAAAAGCGGGCUCAAACGAAGGCCAAGAAAGCUGAAAAGUCCUUAAGUGAUAAACUGCUCUCUCCUAAAGAGCCCAGCAGCCCCGCCGGACCCACGCUGCAGGCUUUUAAUGAAAACAUCAGCGAGAAAGAGGACUCAACGCAAACUGGUAACUUGUAGUGCUAACAUGAAUGUCCCCCAUGAGAAAUGGACUGCAAUGACAACGUCCUGUGUGCUUCUACAGAGGGAGACGCUUUGCACAGACCAGGAUUAACUCAGGAUGAGCAAGAAGGAGGAGGUGACUUUUCUCCAAAUACGGUAGAGAAAGAGGACAGAUCUCACGGACGAGCUUCAACGGGGAAACAAGUGUUCUGUUUUGAUGAGAGUCAGGAUCCAUACAGUCAAACAGAUUCUACUACUGAUCCUCUGUCCAGCUCUAUAAAGAAAAAUAAGACAAGAACAAGGAAAGACAAAUCUCUGUCCAACCAAGAGAACAUCCCCAAGAAGACAAUAAAAACCAGAAAAAGGCCCUCAAGUUCAGGAACAGCAAAGAGAAGAGAGCUCAAUGGGGAUCCGGGAGUCCAGAGAGGCGGGACUGAAGGGAAAAAUGAUGUGAAGGCAGACAAGGAAGGGGUUAAAGAGAAGACACUCAGAAAUGACGUUAACACUUCUGCAUUAACCGAUAAAACAUCUGAUAACAAAGCGGAUGUGAAGGUGCGACAGGAGACACGAGUCAAAUUAACACCAGCAGAGAAAAAGCGUGGGGUCAAAGCUGCACCGGCAAAAAGUCACAGUACUAAACUGGAGCCAGAAAAACCAGCGCCCUGUGGUACACAGCGGGCUAAAGUUCAAACUAAGGAAGCCACGCCUGCGAAGCGUAAAGGACAAAGUCAGGAGCCAAAGGCUAAGCCAGACAGCAAAAUCUCCAUCAAAAGGGUAAAUAAAGGCGCUCGAGAAAUCAAAGUUGAGUCGGCUAACAAGCAGAAUGGAAAGGAUGAAGAAUCUGAAGCUAAACCGAGACUCAGCACUAAAUCAGGAGAAGGUAAGAGUCCUGGCUCAAAAGAUAAGAAGCAAAAGAAGACUAAAGCCUCCAGCCUGUUGUCAUCACAUCAUGACGGCUCUUCCACACAAAGCCCUCAAAGAGCAGAGGUGCUUUCUGUCAGCGGAGACAAAUCCCCUCAAAGCCCCCACCCUGCAGGUGCCGAGUCGCUCCCGACUGAGGGGGACAGAAAAGAGGCUCGGAUCACGAAGGAGGAAAAAUCCGGGUGGGAGGGAAGUCUUCGGGAUGUUGCAUCGCUUCUUCCCACUGUGGGGGUGGCGGGCGCGGCCGCCGGGCUCCUCAGCGAGGUCCUGACCAGUGUGGUGAGUUUCCAUUCAGACAGUGACAAAGACACGCCCUCGCUGCCCAGGACGCCGCUCAGGCGGUUCACGAAACAGCAGGAAGUUCAGUCCAUCCCCUCCACGCCAACGCAUGUGGCCUCAAAGGAAAUGGAGGAGAGCACGACAGAAGACGCUCCCGUGAGCUCCCUGAAAGGAGACGAGGAAGACGAUGAAGGAGGGACAAAAAGUUUAAGAAGUGAUGAUGACAAUGGCAAAACCACUGAGGAGAAAGAGAAGAGCUCUGAAACCGAUGAUGAGAAAGAGAGGCAGACGGAAAGUUUUGUGGAACACAGGGAGGGAGGUGAAAGGAGAAGCUCCACGGAGGCUGAAGGAGAGAGUGAACUUCCAAAGGAUGAGGAGGAGCAGAGUAUGGAAAACGAGGAAGACGAGGGGAAGGAGAAGUCAAGCUCCAACGCUGAUGAGGAAGAUGAUGGAAGUGAUGCAGCAGAAGAGGAGGAAGAAGAUGGCGGCAUGGAUCUGGGAAAAGGAAAGACUGAGGAAGAGGAAGCUAAAGAGUCAAGUGAUGAAGGGCGGGAAGAAGAGGAAGAGGAGGAGGAGGAGGCAGGAAGUGAUGUGAGUGACGAGGAAAAGGAAAGUUCAGCCAGCAAGAGUGAAGAGGAAGAAGAGGAGGAGGAAGGUGACACUGCAGGAUCUGUUGAAGGAGAAGAAGAAAGUGAUUCUAACGAGGAAGAGGAGGACAGUGAGGAACAAAAAGGUGAUGACGACUCCUCUGAAAGUGAGGUGGAUGAAGAGAAGUCAGCAGAGGAAGAUGAUGAGGAAGAGGAUGGCUCCAAUGAAGAAGAAGAGGCAGAGGAAACCAGCGAUCCAGAAAAUGAGGAAGAAGAGGCUUCUGUAGAUGAUGAAGCAACUGACGACAAAGAGGAAGAAGAGGAGGAUGGAGAUGCCACCAGCGAGGAAGAGCAGGAGGAGGAAGGUACAACCGAUAACGAAGAGGAGGCCGAAGAGGACGAUGAAGAAAAUGAGGAGGAAGAGGCAGCUACUGAAGAAGAUGAAGAAGAGGAGGAGGAUAGUCAGGAGGAUGAUGGGGAGACCAAACAAACUGAAAGUGAUGAAGACACAGAUGAAGAGGAAGAUGGAGAAAAUGACAAAGAGGAAAAGUCAGAUGAAGAAGGGAUGGAAAGUGAAGAGGAGGAGGAGGAGGAAGGUGAGGAAGAUGAAGAGGAAGCUGAAGAAGAUGAGGAUGAUGAAGAAGAUGAUGAAAGUGUAGAAGACGAGGAGGAGGAAGUUGGAAAUGAAGAAGAGGAGGCGGAAGAAGCUGAAUAUGAAGAAGAGGAAGAGGAGGAGGAAGUUGGGAACGAAGAGGAGGAAGUAAAUGAAGACGAGGAAGAGGAGGAAGUAAAUGAAGAUGAGGAAGAGGAGGGAGAAAAUGAAGAAGAAGAGGGUGAAGAGGUUGGAAAUGAAGAGGAGGAGGAAGGAGAACAAGAAAAUGAAGAAGAGGAGGGAGUAGAGGUUGAAGAGGAAGUUGAAGAAGAGGAGGAAGAAGAAGAAGUAGCACAAACAGGGAAAGAUGAAGCACAGAAAGCUCCGUCUUUGGACAAAAAACCCAAACGGGAAGAAGCGCCCACGCCAGCGCCGAGGACGAAGCAGACGGCAGUGAAGAAGAAGCAGGAAGACCCUCAGCAGUUCUGGAACGACGUUCUGCCUCAAUACCUGGACAUUCAGUGACGUGAGCGUCACAUGACAUCACGCCGUGGACGCCAUAUUGAUAUAGGAUCAGAUCGACUCAAUAUUUGCACUCUCCAACAAAACAUUGAAACCUGAUAUUCUUGAAGAUCUCAGUCCAGUCCAGAAAUUUUCUGUGACAUUUGUAGAUAGAAUAAUUAUAUUUAUUAGAUUUUAACUUUAUUGAAGUCGCUUGAUAUGAAAAUAAAAGCAUAUUUUG